AUGUUUUUGUGUUUAUUUCGUGUUCUGAUUUAUUGUGUUUUCUGUAAUUCUGAUCUAAUUAAACUUUUAAUUCUGAUUCAAGUUUAUCAUUUGUAUUUUUGCUUCUUUUUUAAUUCUGAUUUUAAUAGGCGAAUCUUUCCUGCCUUAAAAGUCAAACUGUCUGGACUGGACAAAAAGGCCAAUUAUUAUGUCAUAAUGGAUAUAGUUCCCUGUGAUGCAAAUCGUUGGAAAUUCCACAAUUCUCGUUGGACUGUGGCGGGGAAGGCAGAUCCUGAACUUCAAAAACCUCUACAUAUCCACCCAGAUUCGCCUGCUACGGGUGAACAUUGGAUGGCUAAAGGAGCAAGUUUUCAUCGUGUAAAGGUGACAAACAAUGCUACAAACAAGGCAGAAUUCGUGAGUAUUUAAUUAAAAUGUGUUUUAAAGUUUUAGGGGUGAAAUACAAAUAAUUCUGAUUUUUCAUUGUAUUACAAGUUUUAAUGUAUUUCUGAUUUAUAUUCAUUAAGUGUAUUUUCCCUCUAUUCUGAUUUAAUAAUAUUGUGUAUUUUAGCUAAUUCUGAUUUACCAUGAAAAUACAAUGUUUGUAUUUUACGUAUUCUGAUUCAAGUUUAAUUGUAUUUUUACUAAUUCUGAUUUUAAAUAAAAAGUUUAAUUAAUUCUGAUAUUAUUUAAAUUUUACUUAUUUUCUCUAACUUCUCUCUUCAACUUCUAUUUACUUUUCUUCGCGCAUUUAUAUUAGCUUACCUCUUUAUUUUCUCGUUUAUUUUCUUACCUCUCUUCUUUUUUUACUUUUUCCACUUACUUAACCACUUAUUGCUAUAAAAUAGCUAAUCCCCUUUUUUCCUCUUUUUUUCUAGUUACUUUAUCGCUUUCAAUUUUUGGGGUCGAGAAAAUAUAUUUUUGAAGUAAAGUCUUCCCCGCUUCCCUCCCUCCCCCCUCCUCUUUCCCUUCUAAUCUUCUACAAAACUUUGAGAGGAAAAUUAUUUUUUAUUAAUUUUGUAAGGAAGGUGUCCUAUCAACAACUACCAACAAGUUCUCU